AUGCAAACCCGCACUCUCCUCGGCGUAGGUGGCAUCCUCGGUGUCGCCGCCCUUGCCAUCACUCAACUGUCCAUCCAGUCUCAAGACCGCCAGUACAAGAAGACUCUCCAAUACAUGCACGAUGCGCGAGAGAAGGUCCAGGAACGCAUGAACUCAAUGAGCAACACCAAAAAAUAG